UAACUGUGGUCACAGUGGCCACUCCCGUAUACACAACAAGAGUCCAGGAACAAAAUGGCUGGAAUUCUGUGCCCCUAUGUUGAUCCAGCGAGAGGCGCUGCAGAUGGGAAAUUUCCACUGGACGAUGUCGAUCUCCAUUCCAUCUCCGAUGAAUCUCUGGCUGAAAUACUCUACACCGCACCAGCUCUACACGAUUUCGGUCAAACAACUGUGGCACGGCUCUCCAAAUCCCUUGUUCUAAAAGGCGGUGGGAAUGUCCUCCCUUCAGAGGCCGCAACGCUACGGAUGAUUGCCUCCAAGACUGGCAUUCGAGCUCCACGCGUCCAUCGCUCGUUCCAGGUCCAGGACGAUACCAAGUACUUCGGCACCAUGGGUUAUGUUGUAAUGGAUUACAUAGAUGGUCGACCUCUGGAUACCUGCUGGGAAGACCUUGGUGAUGACCAGAAGAUGGACAUCUCCAAGCAAGUCGCCGCGAUGAUCGCCGAAAUGCAGCGGAUCCAACUACCGGGGCCACCGGGGCCAAUAGGCGGCGGGCCUUGUCGUGGUCGGUUCUUCACUCACUACAGCGCCGGUCCAUUCGGGGAUAUCUCCGAAUUCGAACGAUGGUUCAACCGUAAGUUGGACAUCUGCAAGAAGAUCAAAAAGGCUCCCCAGGAUAUCCCUGGCUUCCAAUUCACGGAGUUGGUCCUUGUCCAUCAGGAUGUCAGCCCGCGAAAUCUUGCCUUGGACCCAGAUGGGCAGGUAUGGUUGCUGGACUGGGCAGAUGCCGGAGCAUAUCCGCCAGCUUUCGAGACGGCGGCCCUGGCUUCCCAGCAGAGCUUUCCUGGAUUUCAUGCCAUGGUGCUCUCGCAUCUGCCGCGGUACCCCGUAGAGGAGAGGCAGUUAGAAUCCAUUGAGUAUGGGUUAUUGACAGCGGUACUGGCUUGAAGGGUACAUACAUACAUACUUCGUCUUACUGUAUAGCCAUGUGGGUCUCGUACUCAAAGGCCAAGCAGGCGGGGAAAGACGAAACCGGAAAGCAAGUUAAGAAGCUCGGGAGAAAAGAGCAAAAAGAGGAAAAGAAGGAGCGUCCAGGGAGAGGAUCGAACUCUCAACCUCACGAUUAACAGUCGU